ACCUCUUAUCUCUUAUCUGUGGGGCAAAGUUUAGGUUGGUUGGGGUUUACCGGUUUACGUUACGAGUUACGACUAGGUACCACAAACUAUUUAAAAUGCUAACGCAUACGACUACGUGUUGUUCGAAAAACAAAUCCUUAUUGAUCCUUACCAACUUUUGGCUUGUGUGUUAACCGGCGUUCGCAAAGGAUACCAUCAGCAACUACUGCUAGAAGAAAAUGGCAAGUAAAAAAAGUAUUUUACUACUGUUCGACGUCGACAGGACGCUCACGAAACCUGGGCAGGUGAUUUCUGCGGAGCUUUUAGACUUCCUUCUGAACAAAGUGAAGCCGGUGGCCAGCAUAGGCCUCAUCAGCAGCUCCGAUUACCCUAAGGUAGUGGAAAAAUUAAACGGGGAGGAGAAUACGAACAAAUUCGACUAUGUGUUCUGCGAUAACGGUGUCUUGUUCUACAAGAACGGCAAGCUGAUCAAAUCGGAGAGCAUCUUGAGCAUCGUCGGCGAGAGCACGCUCCAGAGCGUAAUUAACUUCGCCCUCGGGUACAUGUCCGAGAUCCAGCUCCCCGCUAAGAGGGGCAACUUCGUGGAGUUUCGGUCCAGCAUGAUCAACAUCUGCCCCGUAGGCCGGUCGUGCAGCCAGGCCGAGCGAGACGAGUUCAUCAAAUACGACACAGAAAACGGCAUCCGAAAAAAAUUCGUUGAAGCCCUGCAGAAUGAAUUCAGUGACACAAAAUUAUGCUUCACUCUCGGUGGUCAGAUAAGCAUUGAUAUUUACCCAGCAACGUGGGAUAAAACAAUCUGCCGGCAGUUAUACAUUGGCUAUGAAUUCAGAGAGAUACAUUACUACGGAGGUAUGACUAUGCAGGGUAGCGACGAUUAUUCAGAGGCAUAUUAUGACAAUCAGGUGACAUCCCCAGAAGAUAUCAAGAAAAAUGUCCAGAAAUUGUUGAAUAUAGAAUAAGCCACGAAUAAGCAUUGACAAUACCAAAUACUUAUAUUCAGAAUGAUUGUAAAUUAUGGGCACUUUAUAAUAUUAUAAUUAUUAUACAUACCUACUAAAGUACA